CACUCAAGCAUUUUCUUGUAUUUCACAAGACGUCAAUCAACCAAUAUGUCGUCUACUAAGGAAGUCAAGAUUAAGAAGGACAAGUCGGCCAAGAAAAGCAAGUCGGCCGACAAAACCGAUGUUCCUGCCGCCGUCGAAACCAGCGAAGAUGUUGUACUAGAAGAUGCACCCGAAGAGGUGAAGCCAAAGAAGGAGAAGAAAGAUAAGAAGGAAAAGAAGGAAAAGAAAGACAAAUCCGAAAAGUCCAGCAAGAAGCGCAAGUCCACCACCACCACCGGCGAAGAAGAAGGACCAAUCGCCGAGUCCACUCCCAAAAAGUCCAAACGCACCCGCUCAACUGAAGACGAUGCUGCUCCAACCAAGAGCGCAAGCCCACAGCCAGAGGCAAUGGAAGUCGACACCAACGGCAACGACGAAACCGAGCCUCCCGCAAAGAAGCGCAAGUCAGCAGUCGACGGCGAAGAACUCGAAGUCGACGUAACCAAGCCCCAACCCCCGUCCAAAAAAGACCUCCGUCGCCUCAAGAAGGGCAAAUCCCUCUCCAAAGCCAAAACCGUCUCCGACGUCAAACCCGCCCCCGCACCCAAAGCCGACGGCGAAGAAGGCGCUGAUGGAUCUGGAGCCGAAGACGCCUCUGCCCCGCAGAAACCCGAGCAGGAGAAGCGCUCCGAGCACGGAAUCUGGGUGGGUAAUUUACCCUGGAGCGUUAGCAAGGAGGACCUAAAGUCCUUCCUCAUCAACCAAGGUCCCAUGCCUGAAGAAGCCAUCACGCGCAUCCACAUGCCGUCGCCUGAUGACAAGAGGUCAGCCAACCAAGUCGAGUCCCGGUUCACCCGCACACAGCACAACAAGGGUUUCGCAUACGUUGAUUUCUCAACAGCAGAGCACACUCUCGCCGCCGUAGCGCUAUCCGAGGAGCUGCUAGGAGGAAGGAGGGUGCUGAUUAAGAACAACAAGUCCUUCGAGGGGCGUCCUUUAGUAGCUAAAGACGCCGCAGCGAAGAAAGAAACCAAGGCGCCGAGUAAGCGUAUCUUCCUAGGAAACCUGCGCUUUGAUACCACAGAGGAGAGUUUGAAAGAGCAUUUCGAGCGCUGUGGUCCCAUUGAGACGUGUAUGGUUGCCACGUUUGAGGAUUCCGGGAAAUGCAAGGGGUACGCGUGGAUCACCUUUGCUGAUCUCGAGGCCUCAGCUCGGGCAGUACGUGGAUUCGUCCUAGAGGAAGAGGAAAACUCCGACGUGGACACCUCCGAUGAGGAAGAGAGCGACCUCGACGAAGACCCAGAAGACUACGCUCUCGCCGCCACCAAGCCAAAGAAGAAGGAGCGCAAGGUCCCCAUGAAGCGCGUAUAUGUCAACAUGAUCCAGCGCCGCCCGGUGCGCAUCGAGUUCGCCGAAGACGCACAGGUGCGGUAUAAGAAGCGAUAUGGCGCGGGAGGCACCAAGAAUCCGGUGAAUGCGGAUGGGGAGACAGAGAAGAAGGAGAAGAAGGAGAAGAAGGAGAAGGUUGUUAGUGGGGUUAUUGUGCCGAGUAAGAAGGCGCAGAAUAUCGAGUAUAGGACGGAGUAUGCGCCGAGGUUGACGGGGGGGAUUGUGGAGAGUAAGGGGACGAAGGUUGCUUUUGAUUAGGUUGAAUGAAUUGAUAUGGAUGGAUACCCGAG